UGUGUUUAAGAAAGAGAAAGACCGAAAGAGAGAGAGAAAGAGAGAGCGAUUGAGUGUACUGGGUUUGUAAGAUUAGACAGUGGGAGGGGUAGUUUUGAAUAGGCAAAGCUCACACCCCUGGGAAAUACAACAUUUUCAGCUUGGCUGCGUGAAGCCGGUGACAAGAAAGGCUACGGCAAACUGCAGAUGACAGCUGAUCUUUAGUCUACUUGCGAGAUGCACGGUAGCCAACCGUGUGUAACUUAUGUAACUAUUCUGAACUAGUUUUCCAGUGUCAGUUAUAUCGGGAACCGCAGUUGUCUCGGCCAGCAUGGACAGUGAAGCGCGGGCGAACGGGGAGGACAUCACUCUCAACAAACUAGACGACAUAGAAGCGAACCUCGACCGUCUUGACCCCUCUGGAAAGGUGUACCGGAGGAUUAACAUGAAUCACUAUGCCACUAAGAAGAGUGCAGCUCAGAGUAUGCUUGAUGUGGCUCUAAUCAUGGCUAACUCAUCCCAGCUGAAGACUGUUCUAUACAUGGGGUCACAGUACAGAUUCUACAAACCUCUCAUAGUACUGCUGUCCAUGUCUAUUACGCUACAGGUUGUCGUAGGACUACUGCUGGUCUUUAUAGUGAAGCAUGAUCUGAAUGAUGUGAGGAAACACUCAAAGCUGAACAUGAUGAACAACACAGCAACAGUAUUUGUUUUCUUCACAGUCGUCAUCAACAUCUUCAUCACUGCGCUAGGCUUUGAGGGUGCUGUGAUAGGACUUCCAGAACACCAAUCCUUCCUUCUGACCACUGAACAGAACCAGACCGGAGGCCUCUAGACCACAACCUCAGAUCAUCCUCUGACAACUGGCAGGUUGUAGAGCACAAGCUUAGCACAACCUGGCCUCAAUUUAACCGGAGGCUUGCACAACCUGAACACAACAUCAGCAGAAACCCGGAACCUAACCCCAACCAGUUCUCUCUACAGUGACAGGGCAGUACAUGUGCAAAAGGUGUGCACCCUCAAAAAGUUCUACAGCUGCACCAUCGAGAGCAUCCUGACCGGUUGCAACCCCGCCUGGUAUGGCAACUGCUCGGCAUCCGACCGUAAGGUGCUACAGAGGGUAGUGCGUACGGCCCAGUACAUCACUGGGGCCAAGCUUCCUGCCAUCCAGGACCUAUAUACUAGGCGGUGUCAGAGGAAGGCCCAAAUAAUUGUCAAAGACUCCAGUCACCCAAUUCAUACUGUUUUCUCUGCUACCACACGGCAAGCGGUACCGGGGCGCCAAGUCUAAGUCUAAAAGGCUCCUAAAUAGCUGAACAAUCAAUUCCCCCCCCCGCUACUCGCUGUUUAUUAACUAUGCAUAGUCACUUUACCACUACCUACAUGUACAAAUUACCUUGACUAAUCUGAACCCCCGCACAUUGACUCGGUACCGGUACGCCCUGUAUAUAGCCUCGUUAUUGUUAUUUUAUUGUGUUACAUUUGAGUUUUUGUAUCCUGUAAAUAGGCCUUUAUAAAUGUGUUGUUGUUGUUCAGUUGUUUGGGACUCAAUAGAACACAACUGCUGAAUCCAAAUAAACAACUCUUUGUGAAUAAACAGCAGGAAUUUCUGGACUGAUUACACUACUCUCCCUUGGUCAGAGCCGGAAUGAAAAUGAAAAGGCAGUGUGUGUACCAUGUUACGAACACUCACCAGUUCUUUGUCUGUGUGGCAUUGAAGAAGUCCUGGUCUGAGAUGGGGUCUGACAAGUAGGACUACAGAAGGUUGAAGGUUGAGACUUGUGGGCGACUCGUUGGUCAUCUUCACCCCAUUCUGCAGGAAGGCCAUUGGUAACUGACACAGGGAAGAGGGUUACAAAUGCACGGUAAUGCAUGGUGCCUACUCUACACUGGUUCACCAGGCUGGACACAGUUUAGGCCUACUGCACCAUGCCUUGUGCGAGAGGUAGCUGCUGAGCAACAGUCUGAAGUAUGGGUGGCAGGUCUCUAGGCUGAAGACCUCACAGAUCUUCUCCAGGCUGGACAUUCUCACUUCUCUCUCUUCCCUCCUCUCUUCCAGUCCACCAUGAAUAUCUAUCCUCACCACUCAGUGUUUGUGUGUGUGUGUGUGUGUGUCCAGGGGCGGAAA